UCCCUCAUAAAACACACAUUUUUGUUUCAUUUCCACAACAAAAACCAAACCCAAUUAAAAACUGCUUCAAAUUAUAUCAAAUUCUUAGCAUUUUCUUACUUUGAUGAUGAUCACUCAACAGCUAAAGUUGAAGUGUGAAGUUGAAGAUUGCAAAUGGAUAUUAAAUCUACUUGAAAGCAAGUUUUUCGGGUCAUGUAUCGAUCACUGGAACAUGAGGAAAAAUGAAAAGAAUAUGUUUUGCAUUGAUUGUAAUCUUUGUUUUUGUAAACAUUGUGUUACUGGUUUCAAACUGUGUAACCGCCACCACCGUCGUCUUCAAAUUUGCCGAUAUGUUUACCAUGAUGUUGUUCGUCUUCAAGAUAUUCAGAAACAUCUUGAUUGCUCCAAUAUUCAAACAUACAAAAUUAAUGGCGAAAAGGCGGUGCAUUUGAAUCCACGGCCUCAACAUAAGGACUCGAGACCAUCAAAAUCAAAAAUUUAUGGCACUUAUUGUGAAGCUUGUGGAAGGCAUAUUCAAGAGGUCCCAAAUCGCUUUUGUUCUAUUGCUUGCAAGGUAUCGAUAAUUGUUGUGGAAGAUUUAAAAACACAAGAACACCACAAAAUGGUGUCAUAUUCUUUUUGUAAGGAAACUUAUAAUGACUUUGAAGGCCUUGCUAUUGAAAAUGAAUCAUCAUUCUCUUCAUCACUUGACUCGGUUGAAGAAAAUACUCAAAGAAGCCCUUGGUUAACUUCAAGUUUAAAGGCCAAAAAGAGUGUAGCUCAUAAGAGAAAGGGUAUUCCUCAAAGAGCUCCACUACGUUGAUAUAUUAUAUAUACAUAUAUAUAUAUACGUUCUUUGAUUUCUACAUGAUAAUAUUUUUCUUUCCCAGAAAACUACAAGAAAAAGUUACAUUAUAUCAAUUAUAUGGAAUUUUUGGUUUUAUUUAUGUUUAAAGAUCUACUUGUAUAAAACAAUUAUUGUUAAUAUGAAAAGUUGAAAAUUUUGCUUUAAAAA